CCGGGGGGCGGGGAGAAAGCCAAAAGUUUCCUGAGCGCUCGUACGCCUCGACGGGCGGCGGGCGGGCGGGCUGGGCUCUGUGCGUUCCCUCGGGCCCCGGUGGCAGUGUGGUUCGGACUCCAGGUUGGACCCUGGCACCGCGGCGGGCAGUGCGGACGAGGGCGACGGACUCAGGUUUGAGUCGGCCGCACCCCGGCUUCAUCUUCCGAGAGCGGUGGCUCCCAGUGGGCAGCGUGCGGGGCCCCAGCCUCUGUGACAGCGGCCGGUUGGCUGUCACGAUGGCCCUCAGUUGGCCCUUUCCUGCUUUAUAGCGUGCAAGCCUCGCUGCACUUGGGCCAAGGGACAAGUUGGAGCUGUUGAUCUGUUGCGCAAUUGUUAUUUUCCCCAGGGCGGCUUUGUCUUGGGAUUUAGCAUUACAGAAUUGCAGUUCCAAAAUGUGUAAGGCAGGAUAUUCUGUUCUGUGCUACGAUGGGUAAGAGUUUCGAUCGUAGAUUAGAACUUCUGUUGCUUUUAGGCUGUUACUAAUUUUUUUUGCUUUCAAUUAUUAUUUCUCCUAUAGGUCAUUUGUAUGUUUUUUUCCUUUUCUGUUUGAGAAUUUGCCUCCUCAGUUUCUUAGCAUUGUUCCCUGUCUUUUGUAAGGGCGAGGGUGGGACACUUAUGUUUCAUAAUACUUUGCUAAUAAGUUUUGUUAUUAAAGUGAAAAACGUUUCUGUUCAUACUUCGUAGAAACGUUUAAAGGAGUAGAUGUUUAUAUUGCCAUUUUUUAAAAAUUAGGUUUUUAGAAAAAACAGUUUAAGGAAAUGUGUAACUUGAUAGGACAGUAAAUUUGUUUAUGCUCCUAAAUGUAAAGUUUUAGGCUGAUGGAGAAGAUCUAAUGUAAAGUUUUAAGUUACUGACAAUGUAUUAAUUCUGCUUUUCCUCCUUUAAAGUUGUUUGUCUUGAAUUUGGCUCCAGAGAUGAUUGGGAUCUUAUUCUCCAGGUUCUCAUUAGUAUGACGAAGUAAAUUUAAUUUUUUCCUGUUCAUUAGUAAUAUAGGAAUGCUUGUUUGACCAAAGGGUACAUGAUGUAAAUGAACUUUGGUUUUUAAAUCUUCCUAUCUUUACUGUGUAGUAUAGCAUUCCAGCCAAAAAAAAAAUGCAUAAAACAUAUGUACUGCUUUCUCUUACAUGUGAAUGUUUCAGUUGUUUGAUAAGAAUAACUGCUUUUCCACAUUUGAAAUCAGACACCAGUUUUCAUAUUGGAAGACUGAAAAAAUGAAGUAAAAUUUAGAAACAAUUUCAUUCUAUAAUUUAUGUUAAAAGUCGUUUGUAGUCCAGAAGGAUUUGAGUAGAGUCAAAGAUUUGAACAAAAGUUAGAGAAGCUCUCCAGGUGUGAAGUGGUACUUGGGUACAGGUUUUCACUUUGUGAGAAGAGGAAGUGUGGAUAAACUGAACAAUAUGGAGACCCUAAGAUUCUGUAUCUCCAUUAGGUGGGAAGAACCAUCCAUUACUCUUUUUUACAGGCGUCUUAGAGAGAUAAAAUACUUUUGUAGAUGAGGGAUGAAGUUGAUCUUGGUCUACACCAAUGAGAUUAUUUUUUUAAAAGUCAGACACAAAGACAAAUAGGAUAGGCCCCUCAUCUCCAGAAUGAAUGGUAAGCAAAAAACAACUUUUAGACUUUUUAGAUAUGUGGAAAAUCUCUUGAGACAUUGCGGAAGCAGCAUGGAGGAGAAUAAAUGCACAACUCACACAGCUUUCUGCCUUAAAAAUAACUAGGGACAUUUUGAAAUCUCUUGUUAACUUGGGUUCUUUAACACAAGCAGACAGCUGUUCUUUCUUUAGGAUUACCAGGAAGAGUUGAAAGCCAAAUACUUUGUUUUUCUUAAUAUUUUUAAUUCAGGAUAAAUUAUACUUAAAUAACCUGUGUGAGGAAAGGAGCCCUUCUGAAAUGUAGGCUUUUUUUUUUUCUGGGCAUGUCUUCUGACUUGACUAAACACAUACAAAGGAGGUUUUGCAUAAAGAAUAUUCCUCCUUUAAUUUUUCCUUAAGCCUGGAUUAACUUUUCAGUGUGCAGGAAGAAUUUGGCACUAAGAUAAUAGAAAGCUGUUGGGCACUUUUCUGCUUGUCAGGCAAUAUGACAGUUGUCUCACAUGCUUAAUUUUAUCGUAAUCUUAUGGAAAAUACUAUUGUCUCUGGUUUUCAGGUUAGGAAAGAGGCACACAGAGAGGCCAAGAGUCCUUGAGGUGACCCAACUGUUGAGUGACUGAGAUGUGCUGCCAGCACAGAAGGGACAAACCAACGUGAGCUUGACUGGAGCAUGGCUGGACAUAGACUGGUGCUAAAGAAUUGCUGUUUUUGGCUGACGUUUCUGGAGGGGAAGUUUAUUCUCUUCUUUAGCCUCAAUUUUAUUGUUAUAAAACAGUAGAAGGACAUGGAUUUAAUUGACAUACUUUGGAAGCAAGACAUAGAUCUUGGGGUAAGUCGAGAAGUAUUUGACUUCAGUCAGCGACAGAAGGAGUAUGAGCUGGAAAAACAGAAAAAACUUGAAAAAGAAAGACAAGAACAAAUCAAAAAGGAGCAAGAGAAAGCGUUUUUCGCUCAGUUACAACUAGAUGAAGAGACAGGUGAAUUCCUUCCAAUUCAGCCAGCCCAGCACACCCAGUCAGAAACCAGUGGAUCUACCAACUACUCCCAGGUUGCCCACAUUCCCAAACCAGAUGCUUUGUACUUCGAUGACUGCAUGCAGCUUUUGGCAGAGACAUUCCCAUUUGUAGAUGAUGAUGAGGUUUCUUCAGCUACGUUUCAGUCACUUGUUCCAGAUAUUCCCAGCCACAUGGAAAGCCCAGUCUUUACUGCUCCUAAUCAGGCUCAGUCACUUGAAACUUCUCUUGAGGGAGCCAUGGCCGAUUUAAACAACAUGCAGCAGGACAUUGAGCAAGUUUGGGAGGAGCUACUUUCUAUUCCAGAAUUACAGUGUCUUAAUAUUGAAAAUGACAAGCUGGUUGAGACUGCUCCCACAGUUCCAAGCCCAGAAACCAAACUGACAGAAAUUGGCAAUAAUUACCAUUUCUACUCAUCCAUCCCCUCCCUGGAAAAAGAAGUGGGGAACUGCAGUCCACAUUUUCUUCAUGCUUUUGAGGAUUCUUUCAGCAGCAUCCUCUCCACAGAAGAUCCCAAUCAGUUGACAGUGAACUCAUUAAAUUCAAAUGCCACAUUAAACACAGGUUUUGGUGAUGAAUUUUAUUCCGCUUUCAUAGCAGAACCCAGUAUCAGCAACAGCAUGCCCUCCUCUGCUACUAUAAGCCAGUCACUCUCUGAACUUCUUUCUGGGCCCGCUGAUGGCUCUGAUCUAUCACUAUGCAAAGCUUUCAACCCAAAGCACCCUGAAAACACAGCAGAAUCCAAUGAUUCUGAUUCUGGCAUUUCAUUGAACACAAGUCCCAGCAUGCCAUCCCCAGAACACUCAGUGGAGUCUUCCAUCUAUGGAGAUCCACCACCUGGUUUCAGUGACUCUGAAAUGGAAGAGUUAGAUAGCGCCCCUGGAAGUGUCAAACAGAAUGGUCCCAAAACACAGCCAGUACUUUCCUCUGGAGAUACAGUGCAACAUCUGUCACCAACUCAAAGGUACAGUGUUCCUGUACAUGAUGCCCAGUGUGAAAACACACCAAAGAAAGAACUGCCUAUAAAUCCUAGUCAUCGAAAAGCCCCAUUCACAAAAGAUAAACAUUCAAGCCGUUUGGAGGCUCAUCUCACAAGAGAUGAGCUCAGGGCAAAAGCUCUCCAUAUCCCAUUCCCUGUUGAACAAAUCAUUAACCUCCCUGUUGACGACUUCAAUGAAAUGAUGUCUAAGGAGCAAUUUAAUGAAGCUCAACUUGCAUUAAUUCGAGAUAUACGAAGGAGGGGUAAGAAUAAAGUGGCUGCUCAGAAUUGCAGAAAAAGAAAACUGGAAAAUAUAGUAGAACUGGAGCAAGAUUUAGGUCACUUAAAAGAUGAAAAAGAAAAAUUACUCAAAGAAAAAGGAGAAAAUGACAAAAGCCUCCAUUUACUGAAGAAACAACUCAGCACCUUGUAUCUUGAAGUCUUCAGCAUGCUACGAGAUGAAGAUGGAAAACCGUACUCUCCAAGUGAAUACUCCCUGCAGCAAACCAGAGAUGGCAAUGUAUUCCUUGUUCCCAAAAGUAAGAAGCCAGAUAGUAAGAAAAAGUAGAUUUGAGAGAUUUGGCCUUUUCUGGGCUAGUGGGCUUUUUGUUUUGUUUUUUUGUACUGUUCUACAACCUCCUACUGUGAUGUGAAAUGCAGAAAUGUUCUUUACAAGUAAUUCUAUGCAAAAUUAUAGGCAAAACUAGUGUAGAAAAUAAAAUGAAACUUUAAAAAAGCAUUAAAAUAUCAGUAUGUUGAAUCAGUAGUUUCAUUUUAACUAUGAAGUUAAUUUCUUAGGACACCAUCUGGGUGUGUAAGUGUAAAUACUACAAAACUUAUUUAUACUGUUUUUAUCUCAUUUGUUACAGUCAGAUUUAUAAGAUGACAGGACAUCUGGCUAAAAGCAAAUUGUCGCAAAACUAACCACUAUAGUUUUUUAUAAAUACUAUAUGAACAAAAAAAUGGCAUUUUUUUAUAUUGUUUAGCUCUGGCAAAAAAAACAAAACACAAUGAGCUGGCACUAAUAAAGGAAUAUUAAGAUUUUU